AGGCAGUUUAUAUCUCUGGUUUGCGUUAAAGUUCAGUCAGUCAUUCAGUCAGUCAAGGCACAAUAGUCACAAUCUAACAGGUAAGUUUCUAGAGUCCAGUCCAUCAUGGAUGUGCGGGCAGGAAUCUUUCUCUACUGGCUUCACAUUUUUUGCGCUGGCGUGUUUGCUGAUGUCUGGAAGGUAACUGUAGAGUCUGAAAUGAAGGCUCUGGUCUCAUCUUGUGUCGUGUUGCCCUGUUCAUUCAAAUACCCCGUUCAAGAACAGCCCUCUGAUCGUAUUAGAGCUAUAUGGCACAAGAAGGACAACUGGAAUGAUAUUAUUUUUCACAAAGACUCUACGAGAGUUAAAGACAGUUUCAAGGGUCGUACAAAACUGAUUGGUUCACUGGGUGGUUUCAACUGCUCCUUGGAGAUUGAUGAGGUCAAAAACCAUGACAACGGGCCUUAUUGUUUCAGAGUGGAAUUAGAAACAUCUGAAAAAGACAAGUACUCCUUUGUGGAAAACUGUGUGUCGAUUAAAAUGAUCGAGCAAGCAUCAAAACCAGAGCUGCAGGCCGAGCAGUCUGUGCAGGAGGGUGAACCUGCAGUCUUCACAUGCUCUGUCCGGCACACCUGUCCGUCCCACCAGCCCACUCUCACCUGGAACCACACUGGAAAAGUCAUCAUGAGCUACAAGAACAUUGGUCAUGGAAACUGGGAAACACAGUCUGUACUGACCUUCACCCCUCAAAAACAGGACGAUCACAGCGCUGUCGCAUGCACAGUCAAACACCACGGGAAUGUCGAGGGAGAAAUGACAGAGACUCACCGUAUCUUUGUGAAAGAACAAGCAACUCUCAGUCACAUCCUUAUUCCAACCAUCUCUGGUCUUGGAGCUGCUCUUUUGGUUGGAUUACUGUGUUUCCUCAUUGUCAAGAGAUACAAGAAGCGCAUUGCAGAUCUCGAAUCCAGAAAUGACAAUGGAGUGUGGAGUCGACUAUCAAGACUGUCUCGCAGGUUUCGUUCAGGUGACGGCAGCAGUGGUCCUGGUGGCAGAGAGCAGAGGAGGUCUAUUUGGAGUCGAUUUUCAAGGAGAGCUCAAGGGCAUCAAAUUGACAGGAAUUUUGACAACAAGGCAAACAACGUAUGUACAGUGUCAGGAAACAAGCCUUUCUCCAAAACUCGAAUGCCAUCACCAAAGAGUGAGGCCAAAUCAUAUUCUGAACCCAGUUACGAUGAUGAUUACACCAACACAGCAGACCUCAACUUAUAUGGAAAUAUCUGAUGAAUAUGACACUUUUUAGAUGAACACAGUAGACUUGACAUCAGGGGAGGAACCUGUUGUAUAACUGUGUGUUGGAUUUUUUACUUAUUUUAUGAUGCUUUCAUUGCAAAGUUAUAAAAAUUUACAUAAUAGUUAUAUAUAGUGCUUACAUACUUUUUAAUAUGUGAGAAACAUUGGAAUUUUUAGCUGAACUUAAGAUGAAAGUUAUCACCUAAUUUACAUUUGGUCUUUUGAUAUAUCACAACCCAAUGAACUAUAAAAACAUCCUGUAAGUUUCAGAACUUAAAACUUUCUCAUUAGUUCAAAAACAGCUCUUAUUGAAACAUCAUAUAGUGCAAGGAAAGAUCGCCACUGCAGAACAAGACCAACGGCUAUUUCUAUAUUAUUGCCUCUUUA